AGGUAUCGUGUUGUGCGCUCCGACCAAUCAUAAUUCAGGUGAGACCAUCUCUCCUCCUCAUAGAGUUGACCAGAGGGGUGAGAAAAGGGGAUCUCUCCUCCUCGUCGUGGUGCGCUGAGGGUGUCCUAUAAAGGGUGUCAUCGCCAACCCCGAGCACCCAUUCCACCACCGACCACCACACCAAACCACCGCUGCGCGAACCACGCCGCCACUAUAUUGGCCGUCCUUUUCAUUUCGACAUCUUACUAUCAAUCGUGAUUUCUCGAUCUUCCGAUCACCCUACGCAUCAAGAGAUCGAAGAGUCGACAGAAUGAUUGCACUUUGGACUUUCAAUGCAAUGGCAUUUUUCUGCAAUUGGAUGCUUGUGUCUUCCUCAAUGUUGACACCACUGAAGGACGACGGCAGCCUGAGAAUCUUCAAGGAAUCACCGAACGAAUUUGAAUACAUUAUAAAGAGACGUGGUAUCGACGAGCGUAAAGAAGAUACCGAUUCUAAAGAGAGACGCAGCAUGGGUUCCUCCUUUAUCAGAUUCGGACGCAGUCAGUCUUCUUUUAAUGGCAUCGAUAACUCUGUCGAUGGAGAAACCGAUUUGAAGGUUAACAGACACCCCCGAUGGAAAUCACCGGACAUCGUUAUCAGAUUCGGUCGGUCCAACUUCAAAGCUAUUAAUAGUGAACAAGCUAAACGUGGGCGAAACGAUCUCAAUUUUAUCAGGUUUGGUCGAAACGUGCAAGUUGUUCCGGCCGAUCUCGAUUUGUCUGCAGUGUGUUCAGCACUUGUGUCGAACGGCGUGGUCAAUGACGCGGAAUUACAUCCGGAUGUAUCAAGAUUGCUUCGUCUUUGCAACGGUUUGAACAAAAUAACCGGCGACAUUAGUUUGGACACUUCGGGGAGCCAGGACGGUCCAGGUCGUCACGAGUGAACCGGCCUGCUACUUGCUGUUAUCCGAACUCGUCCGAGAUCCGAGAUCGUCCCAUGCGGAUUCAUUCUGCGGAUUCGAUGCCGGAUGUCAACGAGGAUUCAUAACGCUCCAGUUUGCCAAACCGACUUCAUCGUCACGACCGAACUGCAUUUGGCUUUGAGAUAACGGCCGGAUAUCGCGUUACUACCAGCGCGGAUUUGUACUUAAGCGGAUCUCUCGCACGUCAACUUGUUAAAAAAAUUGAAAAUAAUUCAUCGUCUAUUGCAAUAUUACAAAGAAAUAAUAAGAUUUAUUUAAAGAAAAUUCGCUUCUAUUCCUUAUUCCUUUGCCAAGCUGAACCAGUCACAAUUUUCCAUAUAGCACAGAAUAUUACAAAAUAUUGCAACAAUAUUGCUGAAAUGUUCACAUUUUAUGUUGUUGGUAUUCUGUGCUUUUGAGUGGUUUAUUACUUAUGUUAUUAGUUAUAUAAAUAUUUAUCAACAUUAAGAGAUAAUAUCCUUUUAUUUUCAUUGCAUUUAAUUCAUCGCAAUAAAAUGCAGUGCUUGUGUUGGAUAUAUGUACAUACAUAAUUUAUAGCUAAAGCAUUAAACUGAUCUCUUGUGUGUUUUGUAUCAUCUUUCUUAUUCUAUCUCUUAAGAAAACAAGCGCUAUGUACAGACUUGUUUUUUUAUGAACAAACUAUCUUUACCUUUUUUUAGUUUUAUUAAGCGCUAAAUAUUUAUUAGUGCAAGCUGAUAACAAAAAAUGCCGAGCCGUGAAUCUCAUAUCAAAUAUCGUGUACAUCCACCUGCCUCAUUAUUCAAUUUGUUCAAUGUACAUACAACCUGACGAUCUAUCGAAAUACCGUAAAUGUAACCAUAGAUUCGUAUUAUAACUGUAAUUGUAAUUGUGCGCAUUCUUUUUGUCGCAUUUGCAGCAUGUGCUAAUUACUGCUAACAGCAAAUUUAGUUUAAUACUAACAAUAUUUUGUAUGCUCUCAAAACCAUCGUAUUUAAAUACAUAAGUAUGACAUAAAAAAUGUUGUUUAUUGAAAUAUCUAUAAAGCGAACAAAUGUUGAAAACAGUUAAUUACCAAUCUUUAAAUUUUAGUGUUACUAAAAUAAAAAUAAAUAUUACAUUAUGUCAAUAUUUUUAGAUCGAGAUAUAUUUCUAUUCAAUUAUGUAUACAACAUUUAUUCCACAACUUUCGUUAUCUUUUGUACAAUUUGGAGAUUCCAUUCUUUCUUAAAGAAACUGUUGAAGAUGAUAUUUUAUACGUGUAAUUAUUCGUAAAACCGAGAAAGAAGAGAAAAUUUUAAAAGAUCAAAGUAAUAAACAAGUUCGUAUACACAUGCAGUACAGAAUACAAUAUUUCAACAAUGUUGCAGAAAUGUUACAAAGUUGCUGCAUUACUAGAAUGUUCGGUACUGUAUGAAAAGUAUAUUUCUUUCUUUUUAAUUGAUCUCGUUAAUUUUUUCUAUCUAGAUUAUUAUGCAAUUUUAUUUCCAAUAUUUAUUUUAAAUUCAUGAAUUCAUAAUUUACACAUACACACACACACGCACGCGCGCGCGCGCGCGCGCAAUUGUAUUUUAAAAAUUAUAUUUUAUAAAGUUUAGUUUUCUUCUGCAUAAUUUUACUAAAUUUUGCAAGAUUAUUUAAUUUUGCUAAACGUUAUGAUGCUUACAAAGAACAUUAUUAACAAGCCAUUGAUAUCGUUAUGCUUUGCAAUUUACACAUGAUUUUCAUGCGUCUUUCGUGUACUCUUUGGUACGUUCAACUGAAUUCGUUGUAAGCUCCGCAUGUUAUAAACAAUACGAUUAAUUGAUGGAUCCAGCUAAUUAAGCUUACGAUAAGUAUUAUAAGGAUUUGUCAUAGCGUUAAAACGUAUCACAUUGUCCUCAAUAAUCUACGCUGUUCUUAUAAUGUAUGUAAAUUUAAUACGUAACUAUAUAUAAUUAAAAAGAAACAAAGUGGCUGGA